AUGCUGAUCGGAGAGUUAUCUCCACCCAAUAACGAGGAAAAGACACAGCAGCGGAUUCUUGGCGUCUCCACAGGCCACGAGUUUGAAUGUGCCAAGGCUUCGGGAGUUCAUCUCGCCACAUUGCGUGGCUCAGCGUAUAUUAAAACUGGAACUGCCAAGGAUAAAACAAUAUCCCCUGUGGGGCUCGUAUUCGUUCUAUUUGACAUACUAGUGAAUGAUGAUCACUGCGCGUUAGGUACUAGUAUGUACACUACAUUAGGAGUUGUUGUGGCACGCCGUGGAGCCCUUGCACCUAAGCUUCUCACUGCGGACGCAGGCCAGAUAGAACCCAAAAUUUGGUCAAAGAGUUGA